CACGCGCAUGCGCACACACAAGCUGCUGUCAAACAGAGAUGGCGCUGCGCGAAGGAGCUCUCCGUUUGAACCUGCUAGCCAACAACCGUAAUUUCUACAAGUUCACGUCAUUUGUCGGUGUCCGGUCGUUGUCUAACAAUGUGUCAUCUAAACCCGUAACGUCCAGUGCCAUAGAGACCGCGAGUGACCAUUUAAUCUACACACAAGAGCACUUUGCAUUAAAGGAGUCCCUCAGAAAGAUCAUCGAUCAGGAGAUCAACCCCCAUGUGGAUCAGUGGGAAGCCGAAGGGACGUUUCCAGCCCAUAAAGUCUUUAAGAUUUUAGGAAGUGCCGGAUUCCUCGGAGUCAACAAACCAGUUGAGUAUGGAGGCUUGGGUCUUGACUUCAGCUACAGCGUGGCAGUUUCAGAGGAGCUCGGCAACAUCCGCUGUGGAGGCAUCCCCAUGGCCAUCGGUGUACAGACGGACAUGGCUACUCCUGCACUGGCCAGGUUUGGCUCAGACGAGCUAAAGAAAGAGUUCCUCCUUCCCUCCAUCAUGGGAGACAAAGUGGCAUGCCUCGGUGUUAGUGAAGUCGGAGCCGGCUCUGAUGUCUCAAGUAUCAUGACCAAGGCAGUGAGGGAAGGGGAUGAAUAUGUGAUCAACGGGGGGAAAAUGUGGACCACCAACGGUACCCAGGCUGACUGGAUCUGUCUCCUCGCUAACACAAGCGACGGGCCCCCACACAGGAACAAAUCCCUCAUCUGUUUGCCCAUGAACCUCCCUGGAGUACAAAUUGCCCGCAAGAUUGAGAAACUCGGUAUGUGGUCAUCGGACACAGCUGAAGUGUUUUUCGAUGACGUCCGUGUGCCCUGCAAGAACAUCAUCGGCCAGGAAGGCAUGGGCUUCACCUAUCAGAUGCUUCAGUUCCAGGAAGAGAGGCUCUGGGCAGUGGCCAAUGUCUUGACCACGAUGGACAUCAUCAUUCAGGAGACCAUCCAGUACACCCGGCAGAGGAAGAUCUUCAAGCAGCCUGUCCUCUACCACCAGUCAGUUCACUUCAGGUUGGCUGAGCUGCAGACGGAGAUCGAGCUGCUCCGCGCCCUCCUCCACAGUGCUACAGCAUUGUACAUUAAAGGCAAUGAUGUCACCAAGCUGGCAUCCAUGGCCAAAUUAAAGGGGGGCCGCCUGGCCAGGGAAGUGGCCGACAGCUGUCUCCAGUAUUGGGGAGGAAUGGGCUUCACCAGUGAUGUGCUGGUCAGCAGAUUUUACAGAGAUUCCAGGUUAAUUUCGAUUGGGGGAGGGGCUGAUGAGGUCAUGCUGGGAAUCAUCUGCAAGUACAUGGACACACUCCCCAAGAAGUGAUGUUACCACCUGAACCGGAGGUCUGACGUUUGCUGCUAAUAAUGUGCUAAUCAUUCAGGAUGAAUUGCUAAACACAAUCACCUAAGUGCUGUUGUAUUAGGCAGUAUGUUAGAAUGCUUGACAUAUACAAGGAAGCUAAUUGUUUAAAAUGUACUGUAAUGGUUUGAAACACACAGAACUAUGAAGCUCCUGUGUUCUUGUUUUUCAUGAACUUACAAAUGUGAACAGCCUAAUUGUACUGGAAUGUAUAAUUGUUAACGAGUUCAUUCAAAUUCUAUUUUUGUUUUUUUAGAAUAGACUAAGCUAAAUAAUGUGCACAAAAAUGACUUAUGUAAAAUAAGAAAAUUGACACAUUUAUAAAAACAAUAAAGUUUAAAUGAAUCUUU